CAAAAAAAAAACCCAUUAAUUCAUAACAACCAAACAGUACUUUAUUACUCAGUGAAGAAGAAGAAGAAGAAGAUGUUGAUGAUGAUGAAGAAGAGAAUGAGAGAAGAAGCAGACGACGAAACCAGUAGACUCAACACAAGCAUCGCCAACUGUUUGAUGUUAUUACAGUCUCAUAAUCAGAUCAUGACGAUGAACCAUAACAACAACCCCUCCUCCGUCGCCGUCGCCGCCACCUCCUCCGGCCACGACUUCGAGUGCAAGACCUGCAACAAGCGAUUCUCGUCGUUCCAAGCUCUGGGUGGCCACCGUGCCAGCCACAAGAAGCCCAAGCUGGCUAACGAUGGCGACCACCAUGAUCAUCACGGCCAUGAAGACGAGUAUAAUAAGAAAGUAGUGAAUAAAAAGCAUGUGUGCACCAUAUGUGGGGUGGUUUUCAGCAUGGGCCAAGCUUUGGGUGGCCAUAUGAGACGUCACAGAGCCGCCAUGGAUAACGGAGUAGGGUUUUCUUCUCUGCUUACUGCGGCGGCGGAAGAAGGGGGUCCGGUCGUGGUAGCUCCACGUAAUCUUCCAUUGGUAGCGUUGAAGAGAUCUGAUAGUAUUAGAAUCAAGGCUGAUUCGUGGUUGGACUUGAAUUUGACGCCAUUGGAGAAUGAUUUGAAGAUCUUGUUUGGGAAGAUGGCACCAGCUCCUGCUGUUAAUUCUAGUUUUAUUUUCUGAUUGAUUUUUUUUUUUUUUUUUUUGAAUUUGACUGAAAUUCAUUCAUUCAUUUGAUCAUUUUUGUUUGUACAAUGAAAAUAUGUUAUUGAUUAAUUUAUGACCAUUUUUUUGGAAGA